UUUUUAGCGGAUUUUUAAAAUUGUACGCUUACUAGGAAAUCUUGGUGGUUUCUGAGACUUGGAGUACGAACUUAGCUGAUAUCAUCCAUCCGACACAACCAAAUUUCAAUAUGGCAUGUUAUGAGAAUUCUUUUACGAUGGACAUUGGUCUUCUGGCAGAACUCUCCAGAGAACUAAAAGAUAGAAUUUGUGCUGACACCUUUCGAAAGCUCCAGAAGAAAACGGACAGAGAAUUAUUUCAUGUGAACAGUGAAGUGGACAGAGUUCUGAGGAAUGAAUCAUAUAUAAAGUCAAGACUCUAUCCGUUGAUAGACGUUCUUCAAGAAAACCACAAGAGAAGUAUGAAAAUAAAAAGCAUUCUGUGGAAUCAAAAAGAAUUUUUACCUGCCAGUCGGAAAAUGAACAAGUACUUGGAUAAAUGUCGACUGAAUAAGUCAGUUGGAUUGAAACAUGUCAAUGAGAAAUGUUUACCGAGCAAAAGUGAAACAGCUGGACACCCUGAGAAACGAUUCAGUGCUUCUUUUGGAUGCAACUACAUUCACAGUGAUACCAAUAAGAGCUAUCCUAUAAAUACAAUGAUACAAUCAGCUCCCCCCAGGAUGACUUCUGAUAAACUUUUAACGGCGAAACUUAUAACUGAUCGAAAUUUUAAUACCUUGAGAAGUUUUAAUUCCAAUAUGAGUGAAAUGUUUUUAAGUGAGAACAGGCAGUCUAAUUACGAACGUGUUAUCGAAAAAGCCAGAGUACAUGAACAUUUCACAACACAAUGGCGUCCAGAACCUGAUCCUUUGAGUUGGAAGAAAAUACAGUUUACAAAUAUAGACAGUGAAGUCAGAAGCAGAAGUAGGUAAGUUGCUGUCAGAAAUCAGAAAUGUCUAAUUGUUAAUAAAUCUACAAUUAUCAUGGAGAAAUCCCCCUGUUUUGAUCACACUAUAAUCGCCAACUUCAUAACUUUGAAAAGUACUUUUUGUGACUUCCUGAAUUUUUAAGAUAUUUAUUGUAGAACUCUCAACUUCAUUAACAUGUCUCUCAGUAUCAAUAUGAUACUGAUAUCUCUAAAUGGUCGUUUAUUGCAUCAGCUGUAUAUCCAUACGACCUGAUUAAAAUCUGUAGGUUAGUUGUACAAUGUCUUUCCAAGGCCAAAUCACGUGAUACUAUCGUUUAAGAAACAGUCACUAGUGUGAUAGGGAAUCUUAAAUUCAUUACUGAUUACCAACUAAAUUUCACAAGAAGUCGGAGUUCAUUUAUAAGUUCAAAUUUUUUCAACACUUCAAUUGUGAAAUAUUUAGAUGACAAAUAAUACUUAGAAUUUUUCAUACUAGAUAUUUCCUUGUUUCUCGUUUUUCACCAUGGUUACCUGAACGUUUCAUCACUAAGCAGGGCAAGUUUUUGGAAGAUAAAUUCCUUCCUGAGUUCAUGUCCCACACUGCACAAUUAUUGGGUUAUAGGUGUUUAUCAAGUUAAUGAAACGAGUAACACAUCGUUGACAUAUUUUUAGUUUGAAUUGCCGUAUUGAAAAACCGAUUAGUUUUCGAUAUAGCUGCUGAAGGACUUUGGCUUCCUUUUACAUCAGCCCAUAUUUUUU